AUGGAUUUAAAAAGCGCACAGUGCAUUUGGGACACCCUCAACGAUUUGCACAAAAGUGACAAGCAGGCGUACGAAAAAUUUAUGGACAAACACAUGGGGAAGAUGAAGCAGCAGAAGGCGAUCAAACCAAAGUUCUGUUUCUGCAUCGUGACGGACCUGGAAAAGGUGUCCAUCAAGACAAAGGCCAGUGAGCACAAAGAGAAGAUUUGUGAUUACUAUGUGUAUGUAUAUCACAGCAGCAAAAUGAAAGCACCCACGCUCCCGAAGAAUUUCCCUAGCAACAUGGAAGAAGUAAAUUACGAUGACAUUUCUAUUAGUACGUGUAAAAUAAAAGGAGAAAGCUCCAGAGAUAUGUAUGCAGAAGCUGUUAUCCACUCGGAUGUUCAGAAGAAUUUCCACAACGUAUAUUUUAAAAAUAAAAUUAUCCAAAAAAUAUUAACAAUAUUAAAUGAGUCAGAACAAAUGCUUAGGAGUGAUAUACGCAUAAAUGGGAACUCCUUCAAAUAUAACGAGUUGGGAUAUAUCCCGAAGACGAAACAUUUUUUAAAUCCGCAUUGUGUGGAUGACACAUUACACACAGAAGACUCCACAUCGGUGGACGAAAAUGACAUAAAAUUUUACAACAUGUUAAGUCAAAAACAGCUUAAGAGUAAUGAUACAAAGGAGGAAGAGAAAAACGAAAUAAAAAUACACGACACAUCCAGUAACAUACUGAAUGAUAUACAGUCGGUUAGGACCACCAAACGGGGGAAAAAUGACGAUGGUGAACAGGGGCGCAUCCCGAGGCAGGUGAAGUCCUAUCACUACACAGUUAUUGACAGGUUAGAGUUCGAAACGGAAAAAUGAAUGUGUCCCUUUUUCUCCAACAGAUACCUCCAUAUCAUCGUCACCUUCAACAGCAUUUCAUACGAAGAAUUGGAGAUUUUGAAAAAAGGCAACACCGUCGAGAUUUACGUGUCUAGCAGACCCGAUGACUGCAUGACUUUGAGCUUCAAGCAAAAUUUAAGCGAUAAUAUCAAAGCCUACUUCAAUGAAAAGGGCCUCAAGCUGACCAUCAGCGUGGAGCUUCUGUACUGA